UCUGAUCAAGAGGGGAGGGCGGCAGGCCAUCUGGACAGGGGUGCUGCCGGGACACCGGUGGGAUGGAAGCCAACACCUCAACGACUGAGAGAGGAAAAGGGAAGAGGAGAAUAGAAGAUGAUGUGAUGCCACAAACCCUGGUCCUGAUUCCUUUCAGCUUCUCUCUGACCUCUGCAGAUUCUCACUGCAGGGAUCAGAGAAAAGAGAGGCAGAAAGAUUUGCAGAAUUCUUGAAAAAAAAAAAGAAGCCAAAUGCACAAGGAGGAGAAGAUGCAGAAGAACAGAUUGUGAGGUGGUUGGAGGACAUGUUGCCCUUUAGAAAUGUGUUUGUAAAUUCCACUUAUACCAUCGUAUAUACUUGUGCCAACUUUUGCAUACGUUUUGUAAUUUGACAAUCACUUUACAUAUAUGCCAUGAAGUUUACUUGCAUUGUGCAUUUAACUAGUGGAGGGAGUGACAUAAGUGCUGCCAGCAGGGAGGGUUUCUAAAAUCCUCCCUCUGAUGUCGGCAAGGCAGCUGCUGAGACGCAUGUUGUGCCAAAAUGGUGUAGUAGUGAUUUUAUUAAAAUAAUAAUGCAAUUGAUUUAAUCCAGGUGCCAAGAUUACACUAGGUGGACCAAGACUAGAGAAAAAAGUAGUAUUUGGUAAUGCUCAAAGUGUCUUUUUUUUUUCAUCGUUUUUACUUGACAGCAUGGUGAGGAAACUGUGGGUGUGUAACCCUCUUCGAUCAUAUGCUUCCUUUGUUCAUACUAAAAUAAAACGGUUCAAUCCUAACUUCUUUGUAUUUGCUCUUUGAGUGUUUUAAUGGAUAUCUGGGAGAAAUUAUACUGAUAUUGAUAAAUAUUCAUGUGGAGUAUCUGCAGUAGCGGUAGAAAAAAACUUGAUAUGUUUAGUUUUGUGAAAUAUGUUAGUUUACUGCAUUUAUCCAACAGCCACAGUUUCUCAGUACUUCUGAUACUGUGAAAUUAUCCAAAGUUUUACCAAAAACUAAGAAGAAAAUAACUAUAAAUAUAGGAGCCACCUAGAACUAUGUGCAAAGCUCAUUUCUUUCUGUGAUAUGCUGUAGUGAUGUGAUCUACAUGCAUGCAACUUCAUGCCUAAUUUAAAGAAUGGAUGUAUCAUUCAAAUGUAGACACAGAUGUUCACUAUAAGAUAAGAUAAGAAAAAGGGGAAAAAAAUAAAUCAAUAGCCCAAGAAUAACCCAAAAGCAGUAUAUAUAAAAUGUAUAAGGACCUGCCAGUGGUGCAAUAGCAAUAAGUAUGACACAUUCAGUAAAAACAAACAUGCUAUAAAUACAGCUAGGUGCAAUAUUAAGAAUGAGUUUUAGGAUGCCCUUCUUUGAACAAGAGGAGGAAAAUACAGGUUACCAUUUAUUGCCAAGACAUUAUUAAUGAAACUACCCACUGAUAACUCCAGCCUUUUUUCCUCUCACACCAGCAACUAAAGCACAAGUUCUACCACUUGAAUUCAUUUAAAUGUCCCCAGGGUGCACUCAGAGCUUAGUAAAACUACUUCCUCUUUUAUUGCACCCUAGGCAUGGAAUGAGCUGCACGGAACCAUUACCUCAGACACACUCUGUUCUUUGAACACCUUCAAACGUCUUUUACAAACUUCCCUGACGGAAACAUGUUGUUGAUUUACACACUCCCCGUCCUGAGGUGGAAACUGUAAAGACUGAUGACCUGACCUAUGUGCCUCUUUGACUGUUUCCGUUGUGUUGCUUCCAUGUAUUCAAUGUGUUGUGAAACAGUUUUUUAAUGUGGAAUUGCUUGUUUUGCUUUGUUAAAAGAAGUCCCUGUAAGACAAGAUGUUGUUUCUGAGGAUCUAAACUUGCCACUUCUCAUCAAGUCACAGCAUUAAAAUGCUCCUCAACACCGAUGCAUGAAUAUUCGUCUAAUAAUUCAAUGCAAUGCAAUUCAAUUCAAUUCAGUUUCAUUCAUGUAGCGCAGAUUCACAACAUAAAUCCUCUCACAGGGCUUAGCAUGGUAAGGAAUAGACCUUACAAACUGUAAACAGAGAACAGAAAACCCAACAAUCAAAGUUGCCUUUGGAUUCCCUGUAAGCAAUGGUGGGAGGGAACAAAAAAACUCUUGGAAUAUGAAGGGGGAAAAAUGCCUCCACUCAGGGAAAGUAGCCAUCUGCCCCAACUGGUUGGUUGAGAGUGAGAAAAUGCCCUCCAUUAUAAUAUAUCCAUCACAGGGGCCAAACACUUGAACUCUCUUCUCUUGAAGUGCAUUUUUCUGAUAAUUGUUAUGCAGAAUUUUGAAUGCAUCACUCCUGCUUGCAACUCAGUUUUUCCUCAUUCACUUCACUUCAGUGGAGGAUCUCUUUCCCCACUGAUCCUCUCUGUAAACAAACAGGCUGCACAGGCCACAUUCAGACUUCACAGCAUCCCAUGAACCAAAUCAAAUGAGACACCAGAGUGGGAGUGGAACAGUGAAGCCUCAGUGUCGAGGAAUGGAGAGAAUGGCACUUGUGUGCCCACAACUUCCUACUGCUCUGCUCCCCAUCUUGCACUCUUUGUCUUAUUUUCUUGCUCAGUGUGGCGGCAUCAGAGACAGUGCAUCUUACAUCAGUUUGAGUGAAACAGAAUGAGUGUUUUUGACCGUCUGGCGCCUUUGAUCCCACAAGUAUCUGCCUCCUGCAGACAAACAAAGGAGGAUCCAAAAGUUUGUGUGUCACCUCCUCUCUCCCUCUCUUCUCCCGUCAUCAAGAAGAAAGCCAUUCAAAUCCCAUCAUUUGAUGAGAAGGGACUCAUAUUUGAAAAGCACAACAAAAAACUGUCAGCAGCUGACAGAUCAUUGGAUGCAGUUGGUUCCUCGAAGACAUCUGGUCAGAACUUGUGGAGUAAAUCAUGUCCACAGAGAAACCAGGGAGAAAGAGCUUCAACCCUUCCAAGGACUAAACCUAAAGCAUACAGCUCUCAGUCUCUCUCUGGGAAACCCAGCAUUUCCAUUUUUCCUGCUCCAAAGCCAAAUUCCUCUCCUACUCUCCCCACUCUAAAACCAAGGCCAAGCGAUUUUCUUCAUCUCCCCGCCUCACAGCUGAGUGAUCCUCCUCCAUCUCUGCACCAGCCAAAGCCAAGUGUAUCUCCAACCCUGAUUGUCCCCACGCCCAGGCUGAGCCCAUCUCCAACGUCAAUGUGUUCAGAUGGUCAGGGAGGAAAACAACCUUCUCCUGUCGCCAAAGAAAGACGUGCCCGAUCGAUUCCCAUCUCUAAUCCUAAAGUUGAGCCUUUACAUGAGGCAAAGCAUGACAUUCUUGACCAAGAUGCUUUACUGGACUUUACUCACUCUGAAGGGAGGAAAUUCCGUCCUGUAAAGAGCAGAGAGUCUCCACAUCAGACUUACUCUGAAUCCUGCAGACCACCAGCCACGUCUCAGAAUCCCUGCUUACUGCAAAGCAGAUUUGGAAUCAGUAAAGGAGAAAAUAUUCUAAAAGAUAAACCAAAGACUCCGCCAAGGAAUAUAGACAUUACUGCAAUCCCUAAACUAAAGUCAAACAUCAGACAACAAGAAGAAUCUGAACCGAGUGGGGCCACAGGUACACAGACAUCUGCUUCAGAAAGGAAAAAGUCCCCUGAUUUUCUUCACAGAGAGUCAGAUGGACCGGCCUCUCGGUCGAGCUUUCACAGAAAAUGUGCAGACUACAAUCAGAAAAGCAAUUACGCUCAAAAAACCUCAGAUUUUACCUCCAGUCACCAAUCAUACGAACAACCGUGUUCUGAGAAAAGAGCGGCUUUAUCAGCGACUUCCAAAAUGGCAUUUUCCACAGAGCCUCUUCUGAGUCCUUCUGCUGUCUCACCCAGCAUCGAGACCAGGAGAAGACGGUUUGAUUUGCACAAUGAAACAAGAAUAAACACAACAUUCCCACCAGGUCUUCCUCCCAGGAGACAACAGGAAGAAAACAAAGUACAGACGAUUGCAGGAAACUUAGCCAAAGCCUGUCAACAAACUGGUGCACAUCAAAAUACCAAAUCCCCUCAGAAAUACAGAUUCUUGUCGAAGACCCAAAGUCAAACUGCCCAGAUAGAUGUAAGAAGUGCAGUAAGUUGGUUUGACUGUGUAUCAAAGGAUUACAGCUGCCACUCAGGAGACAUCGAUCAGAAGAUGGAAGCUUCCCAGUGUGAGCACAGAUUAAAUCGACUUAAGACAUGUCUGGUGGCACCUCAGACCCAGGAGGCCUCCAGUCCUGCCUCUGUUGUGCGCAUCGCUUCACACACAGGAUCAUUCUCAAAACCUGAACAUCGAUCACAUGAACAUCACUUACAUCAGGACCAGUCUCCUGUGCAAAAUAAGAAAAGCCACAAACAGGUGAAAGUCAGUGACACGGGGCUGAAUCAGACAGAUAUUUCAGCAGCACCUGACCGCCAUGCAGUGCCAACAGAGCUACUAGAACAUCCCUCAGAGAAAUAUGCUGCAAGCUGGACCCCAUCUGUGGUGCUCUGCCCAUUCAACACAAACAGAUUUGGCUUCAGUUCAGCGGGGGCCUUUGACCUGUUAUCAGAGCCACAACGCACAGUAAACCACAGAGCACAGGAGACAACAACAACAACAACAACAGGAGCAGCAGCUUCAGUUCCAACAAACCAGCUGAAUCACUCCGUAGCAGACAGAGCAGUUAUCACUGAGGAAUCAGAAGACCCCUAUUACGUCACCAUGUACUACCCUGGUUCAGUGUAUGUGGGUGAGUACAGAGAGAUCCGAAUCGCUUAGAAGGCUUUUACUGAACAAAGUCAGCAAAAUUCAUAACAGAUUAGAUGGCAGGGACUCUUUCAGGGCUUGUCUUUAUUUGG